AGAGAGAGAAAAAAGAUCUGAUCGGAGAGUUCGCCGGAGAGAUUUUGAAUCAGAAUGAGCGGCGGCGACGAAAACAUGAGUGGUGGAGAGAGACGCAAGGGAUCGGUGAAGUGGUUUGAUACACAGAAGGGGUUUGGUUUCAUCACACCUAACGACGGUGGUGACGAUCUCUUCGUUCACCAGUCUUCCAUCAGAUCUGAAGGAUUUCGUAGCCUCGCCGCUGAUGAAUCUGUUGAGUUCGAGGUUGAGGUUGACAACACCGGCCGUCCCAAAGCUGUUGAAGUGUCUGGACCCGACGGUGCUCCCGUUCAGGGAAAUAGCGGUGGUGGUUCAUCUGGUGGACGCGGUGGUUUUGGCGGUGGUGGAAGAGGAGGCGGACGUGGUGGUGGAGGUUACGGAGGAGGCGGUGGUUAUGGUGGUAGAGGAAGCGGUGGCCGUGGAGGAGGUGGCGGUGAUAAUUCUUGCUUUAAGUGCGGUGAACCUGGUCACAUGGCGAGAGAAUGCUCUCAAGGUGGUGGUGGUGGUGGCUACGGAGGUGGUGGUGGUGGUGGAAGGUACGGGUCUGGCGGCGGAGGUGGUGGAAGCUGCUACAGCUGUGGAGAGUCUGGGCAUUUUGCAAGGGAUUGCACUAGCGGUGGUGGUGGUCGUUGAAGCAAACCAGACGGUGAAGAAGGGGUAAAUCAGUCAUCUCAUACAUGAAAUCGAUCCCUCUUCUCACUGACUUCUAUCAAAAUAUUAUCUAUCUUUUGUUAUUCGACUCUCUCAUGUUUUCGGGUUUAUUUAAUUAGGACUUGUGGUUAUGGUUAUGGUGCCUUGUGAUUUGAU